UUAAUAUUUAAUUUAAGGGUUGAAUAAAGGAUCAUAUUCACUCAAACUCUAUAAAAUAAUAAUUGUCGAAAACGUAUUUUUGUAAGAUUGUAUGUUUAUAUUACUAAACUAAGGAAUUACACAAAAGUAAGACCGUGUGCGUAACAUCUGUACUUAAUUAGGAAUAAUACCUCAAUUUGGAUUUGGUUUGCUCUUGCUUAGCACAAAGGAUUUGCCUUUGGGUAAUACUAUAAAUUCAAUCAUCCUAAACCAACUGUCCAAUCUAUACUCAAUACAUUCAUUUUCUUGUUUGUUGAGCAAAGUCAGUGAAUUUAUUCAUUUGUUUUGUGUUCUGUUUAGCAAUUAAUAUAAUAUCCAUCAGAAUCAAUGGCUGGAACCCCACCAGAAGACUUGUCUGGAUCACCACCACAAUCGCAACCGCAGGAAGAAGUUGUGAAAAAUAAUGAGGUGACAAAGAAGUGGGGAACCCAUGUGAUGGGUCCGCCAUCGAACCCAACUGCUCAUCCGGACAACCAGGAAGCGGCUUUCUGGAAGGCUGAUGAGCAUCAGAGACAUUAUUUUCAUGAUCAACCUUACUUGGUUUACUCUCCCAUGGAUAGGGCUCCUACUAGUAACCCUCUUGAGCCUGUUAUUCAUGCUUUCAACUCCUGGACCCAGAAAGCUGAGACUAUUGCCCGUAACAUUUGGCAUAACUUGAAAACAGGACCAUCAGUAUCAGAAGCAGCGUGGGGAAAGAUCAAUCUAACAGCAAAGGCACUGUCAGAAGGUGGAUUUGAAUCUCUGUUCAGGCAGAUAUUCCAGACUGAAGCAGAGGAGAAGUUAAAAAAGACCUUUGCUUGUUACCUAUCCACUUCCACAGGACCAGUUGCCGGAACCAUGUACUUAUCAAAUCUCAGGGUUGCCUUCUGCAGUGAUCGCCCACUUUCCUUCAUUGCUCCUUCUGGUCAGGAAGCCUGGAGUUACUACAAGGUUAUGAUUCCCCUGACACAAAUAAGCGGUAUAAGCCCAGUGACAAUGGGAGCAAAUUCGAAUGAAAGGUACAUACAAAUAACAACAGUGGAUAACCAUGAAUUUUGGUUCAUGGGAUUUGUCAAUUUCGACAAGGCAACACACCAUCUCCUUCAGACACUUUCUGCUUUCAGGGCCGCUGAUUAUGGCCCCCAUGCCCAACCUGCUCUAUCCUAUUAGUCACCAUCUACAUACUACUUAUUUAACUACUUCUUCAUCAUAGUGUAAUAAUGAUGUAGGUUUGCUUUAUUGUAAAUAAAUGACUUUUGGGCUGUUUCACCAUGUUUUUGCGUAUUAACCUUUUUAUGUAUGUUAUUGUAUGUGAAUUAUUUUGUUUUUUUUUUUUCCUAUUUAUAUGGCUCUUGAUCAGUUGAUAUCUCAUUUAUUGUUGACAUUUUAUUGUCUGGCUGAUCGAUCUUGUAUUCCAGUCAGUGUACAAUAAUUUGAUUCAAUUCUCAUACGCAUUGUUAAAGAGUGAAACUAUGUGAAAUACAAGCUAUCAUUUAGAUAAUC